GGCGGGGCCGGUGGGGCGCGGCAGGGCGGCGGGCGGCGGGGCCCGCGCGCAGACCCCAAGCAUCAAGCAUGACGGGCCAGUCGUCGAGCGGUGCGCGACCGGCCGGUACCCGCGGCUGUCUCCUGCUCGCCAGGCAGUGACUGUUCUAAGGCGGCUUAUCUCUGCCGGGCCCGACGCAGCCACAGGCGACUAUCUCCUCCUCCGAGGCGCCCAUGCCGACCGCGCCGGCGACGAAGGCGCUGGAAUCCUCCUGACACCCGGUGCCUCGCGACCGCCAUGGUGGGCUGAGUGUCAUGGCGCUGUCCUCGCGAUGCCUGCGUUACCUGGCGCUGGUCGCCACCGUCCUGUUCAUGGUGCUGGGCGUGACGGCGGCCGUGCUCCAGUGCGUGUUCACGCUGCCCAUGUUCUCGCUGCUCAGCGUCCCGCCAUACCUUCACGUGCCGUUGAUGGUGCCGCUGGUGCCCACGCUGUUGGCCGUCCCCGUCGGCUUCUUCGGCCUCAGCGCCGCCCGCAACGAGCGCAUGUUCAAGCUCCUCGGGGUCACGUGCCUGCAAGUACUGCUGAGCCUGGCCCUGGCGGUGCUGGCCGGGUGGCAGGUGACUCUGUCGUUCGGCGCGCGCCUCGAGGUGGACUUGAGGGCCCUCAUGGUUUUUAGCCUGCUCGAGCCCAAGUGGCACGUCGUGUACCACGAGCUCCGGUGCUGCGGGGUGUCGGGCCCCGCCUCCUUUGAGGGCUCCAUACCGACGGCGUGCUGCGUCCGGGACGAGGUCGUGGCCUCCUCCGGCCCGUGCUCCACCCUGUACUCGACGGGCUGCCUGGCGCCCGCCUCGGAACAGAUCCGGGGCGUCCUGAGGAGGGCCGGCGCGGUGAACGGUGGCGCGGCCGUCCUCAUG